AUGACUCAGGUCAACAUUCUCGCGGGUUUGAAACCCCAGGACGACCUUCAGACUGUUGUGGAAAGCCGUGCUCGGGAAUGGCACUUUCACAUUUAUUUUCUGCUGCAAUCGCCGACGGAGACGGCCGCGGCGCUCGCUCUCCGUGAUGCUGUCCUGAGACUCCGUCGCGACGGUGCUUUCAUUGCUGUUCCUCUCCACAGGGUGAACAAUGAGCCUCUCGGCCCUCAUCCUGCUGGAUCGUACGAGAUCUGGGUUCCCGACUCGUCGUUCUCAGAUGUUUUCUUCUACCUGGCCACAAAUAGGGGGACCCUCAGCAUUCUUGUCCAUCCUCUAACCUCACAGCAACGCCGAGACCAUGAAUCUCGCAAUGCCUGGUUGGGCACGCCGUGGCCCAUUUACCUAGACGGAUUGCCUCGUGAGAGCAGCGAGGUUCCGCUUCAGUAUCCCGAAUUGCGGCUUGGCUGGUCCAGCGUGGCCGAAGACGAGAUUUCUCUAGAUGAAAGACGAAGACGGGGAGCAAGGGUAGAGGCUUUGUUGGCUGAUAACCCCGAGGCAGCUCCAGCCCCCCCAGGUGCUACAGUUCAGUGA